AUGGCUACGCGUAAAACUUGGUUUUGCUGGUUGUUUUGUGGUGGAGCCGGUUGGGAUAGUGGGGGUUUGGCCCUGCUUUGGAAGGAGGAAAGGGAGGUUGAAAUUUAUAAUUUCUCAGGUAGACAUAUUAAUGCAAUUGUUAAGGAUGGAGUUGAUAGUAAUUGCUGGAAGUUCGCAGGCUUUUACGGCUAUUCGGAGGUUUCUGUGUAUAACUUGGCAGCCCGCACUUUUGACCACAGCCCCGUUCAAGUUCGGUUUGCAAAGGAGUCUUCGGAUCUGGUCUCUUUUCACAGGGGGUUUAAGUUUAAGGAUUGUUGGACAACUGAUGCGGAAUGCAUGGAUGUCAUUGACACUGCUUGGCAUGAUGUGGGGUUGCGGGAUGAUCCAAUGAGGGAAGUCCAACGAAGAUUACUCUCUUGUCAAAAGGCUUUCCGUUGGUGGAGUGGGACGAAGUUUGGAAAUGUGGCUCAACAACUUAAGCGAAAGAAUAAGCUUUUGGAGGAGCUUCAACACAGGGGGACUGUCUGGAAGAAAAAGGCUGAUAUUCGUCGGGUUUGCGUUGAUUACUUUGCACAUCUUUACACUAGUCAAGGUCCGGUUCAAGUGCAUGAGUGUUUGGCUAAUGUUGAGGCCCGGUUUAACGAUGAUUUGAAUGGUCAGUUAUUGAGGCCUUUCAUUGAGGAAGAGGUCCAUGAGGCUCUCUCACAAAUGCAUCCUCUUAAAUCCCCGGGGCCGGAUGGAUACAAUGCUGAAUUUUAUCAAAAGUCUUGGCAUAUCACAGGGAAUGAGGUUAGUAAAGAAGCAUCACAUUUUCUCAAUGGGGGGGAUUUUGAUGGGGCUAUCAAUUCUACUAAUACUGUUUUAAUCCCUAAGGUUAAUUCAUCUUCUAGGCUUACGGAGUACCAACCUAUAAGUCUUUGCAAUGUUUUUUACAAAUUCAUUGCAAAGGUCUUAGUUAAUAGGUUCAAACAGGUCAUUCCCCAUGUUAUUUCCCCUGAGCAAAGUGUUUUUAUUCCCGGAAGGCUUAUUACGGAUAAUAUUCUCGUUGCUUUUGAAACCUUGCAUACUAUGGACACAUGGAUAAAAGGUAAGGAGGGUUACAUGGCGAUUAGGCUUGAUAUGAGCAAAGCUUACGAUAGGAUUGAAUGGGAUUUUUUGGAGGCGGUCCUGGUAAAGAUGGGGUUUGCACACCACUGGAUUCGGCUCCUUAUGACUUGUGUACGAACGGUAUCCUAUUCCAUUCUUAUUAAUGGACAACCUCAUGGGAAGAUUGUUCCUUCUAGAGGGCUCCGCCAAGGCAUUUAUAUUACUCGUGGGGGUCCUACCAUCAAUCAUCUGUUUUUCGCGGAUGAUAGUGUGCUGUUUUGCAGUGUGAAUCUAAAGGAAUGGGGGGAAAUACAAGAGGUCCUAGAGUGUUAUGAGGCUGCCUCAGGGAAGAACCGUGAGUCUGGUGGUUUGGGUUAUAAGGAGUUUGAGGCUUUUAAUCUUGCUCUUUUGGCUAAGCAGAGGUGGAGGUUGCUAUCCCAACCGGAUUCUUUGGUAGCACGGUGGAAAGUGGGAAAUGUAGAGAAGAUCCGUAUAUGGGGGGACAAAUGGCUCCCUCAUACUCAAAUUCAUCUUAUUCAAUCCCCUGUUUGUGUUCUUGACGGUGAAGCGAAAGUGCAUGCCCUGAUUAAUCAUGCAGUGAAUUGGUGGAAUGUCCCUCUUGUGGAAUUUAUAUUCUCGAAGGAUGUUGCUGGGCUCAUUUGUGGCAUGGUUGUUUCCCUUAGAUCACAAGUUGAUAACGUUAUUUGGGCGGUUACAAAGAAUGGGUGUUUCUCUGUGAAGAGUGCCUACCAUCUAGAGUUUGAGCGUAAAGUGAGAGCUUGUGGUACCUGUUCCAGUGGGAUGAAAUCACAUCCAAUGUGGAAGACCAUUUGGAAACUCGGAGUGCCUAGAUCUACACAACUAUUUAUGUGGCAUGGGUGUAAUGAUAUUCUCCCCACGAGGGAGAAAUUAUAUCAUCGGGAAGUUGUCCUAGACCCAUUCUGCCAGUUAUGUGGGGUUGAAGUUGAGACGAGUGGACAUCUACUGUGGCAAUGUAAGGUGGUAAGUGCGGUUUGGGCUAUGGGACCAAGGAAAAUUCAGAAGUGUGUGAUCACAGAUGGUGACUUUCUAUCCAUUUUACAUUAUAUAAGCUCUAGAGUGGAUCAUACUGACCUGGAGUUGGUGGCUGUAAUUGCUCAUAAGGUGUGGAUCCAGCGUAACCGGAUCAUCCUUGGAGGUUCUGUUUUGUCCCCUAGGUGCUUGGUGGAAUGUGUAAGACAAGAGUUUCAGGAGUUUCAAGCUGCAGGGGGAUCCUCUGCUCAGCCCCUUUGUCCUCCGCAGUUAUUGCAGUCUUAUUGGUUAAGGCCGCCGACGGGGUGGAUAAAACUCAACUGGGAUGUUGCAACGGAUCAACAAAAUGGUCUUAUGGGUGUGGGUCUGGUUGCCCAUGAUUCUCGAGGACAAGUGCGGGUUUCGUUGUGUCAUACUAUGGCUUAUCUCACAUAUCCUACUGUGGCUAAGGCGUUUGAGGCUAGGCAAGGUGUUGAGUUGUGCAACGCUAUAGGUUUUAACGCUGUCAUAUUUGAGGGGGAUUCCCAAACGAUUGUCCAAGCUCUUUUGGUUGACAAAGCCCAUCCAGGUUCUUUUGCCAGUAUUGUUGCGGACACCAGAUUGUUGUUGUCGUCUUUCCCUCAUUGGCAGGUCCAGUUUGUUCAUAGAACAGGGAAUGAAGUUGCUCACCAAUUGGCUACAAUGACUGUAAAGCAUAAGGUUUCUCAUGUCUGGGUAGAGUCUAUUCUAAGCUCUAUUUCGGAUGCUGUUUGUAAGGAUUUAGAAUCCUCUUUAUGA